GCCAAAGGUGGAUUUUAAGAGAAACCUAAAAGUUGUGUCUGGCAAAGAUCACCUGAUUCCAGCCAACAUGGAUAGAAGACCCACCUGUGACCAGUGUGGGAAGACUUUCAUCACUAUGAGUAGCCUUAAGAAACACCUACGCAGCCACAGUGGAGAAAGACCAUAUGAGUGUGACCAGUGUGGGAUGACUUUCACCCGAAUAAGUAACCUUCAUACACACCAACGGAUCCACAGAGAAGAAAGACCAUAUGACUGUAACCAGUGUGGGAAGACUUUCACCCAAAUAAGUAACCUUCAUGUACACCAACGCAUUCACAAUGGAGAAAGACCAUAUGACUGUAAACAGUGUGGGAAGACUUUCACCCAGACGACUAAACUUAAGAUACACCUACGUGUCCACAGUGGAGAAAGACCAUAUGACUGUUACAAUUGUGGGAAAACUUUUACCCAGAUGAGGGCCCUUAAGGCACACCUACGCAUCCACAGUGGAGAAAGCCCAUAUGACUGUGAACAGUGUGGGAAAACUUUCACCCACAUGCAUCACUUGAAGUUACACCUACGCAUCCACAGUGGGGAAAGACCGUAUCACUGUGAACAGUGUGGGAAAACUUUCACCCAGAUGGGUACCCUUAAGACACACCUACGCGUCCACAGUGGACAAAAACCAUAUCACUGUGAACAAUGUGGGAAAAAUUUCACCCAGAUGAGUACCCUUAAGACACACCUACGCGUCCACAGUGGAGAAAGACCACAUCACUGUGACAAGUGUGGGAAAACUUACACCCAUAUAAAUGGACUUAAGGCACACCUACACAUCCACAGGGGAGAAACACACCGAAACAGUUUGAGUGUUACCAAUGUGAAGAAAGAUUCUUGCCACACUCUGCUCUCUACUACCAUCAACACAGAUGUGAAUCAUCGUCUGGACCAAACAGUACCUCGGCAUCGGAUGACAACUAGAAAUGCAGUGUCUGAACCAGCAGCACCGACUUCUUCUGACAAGAACAUUAAACUUAAAAACCUCCAGAUCUGGCUCCAUAGAGUCCAGAUGUGUUUCUCAGUGGCCCUCUACCGACAGUUGGACGAGGAGCUGACAGAUUCAACACAAGCAUUCUCCGCCGAGGACAAGAGACAAGACAACCCAAAGCAGCUGAUCAAAGGGCACCAUGGAGAAGAACUGUUAGUGCCUGAGAUCAGCACUGACCAUGGAAGACCACAGACCCAGGAAGACGCUCCAACGUCAGGACCCUCUCCCCAACAGAAGGAGUCUCCCCCAGCCCCAACAGGACACUCCCAACUUUCACUCCCCCAGACCCCACCCAGCCCCUCACUCUCUCCUCUGAGUCUGCCUCCGCAAUAUAUCCUGCAGUUUUUUGCAGCAGAGCCACAACCAGGAGGAGGAGAGUCCCACGGCAGAGUGAAGAAGUGUUCCACAGUCCGACUGGAUAGAACAGCACAGGAGGAAACUGUGGAGGGAGGGAGGGGGAAACCGGCAACGGAGAAGAGAAACAGAGGCAGCAGGUUAGAACUAUGGAGCACCCCCCCCCAGAAGAGGAGAAAGAAGCCAAAGGUGGAUUUUAAGAGAAACCUAAAAGUUGUGUCUGGCAAAGAUCACCUGAUUCCAGCCAACAUGGAUAGAAGACCCACCUGUGACCAGUGCGGGAAGACUUUCACCGCUAUGAGUAGCCUUAAGAGACACCUACGCAUCCACAGUGGAGAAAGACCAUAUGACUGUGACCAGUGUGGGAAGACUUUCACCCAAAUGAAUGACCUUAAGAUACACUUACGCAUCCACAGAGGAGAAAGACCAUAUUAUUGUGACCAGUGUGGGAAGACUUUCACCCGAAUAAGUAACCUUCAUGCACACCAACGGAUCCACAGAGGAGAAAGACCAUAUGACUGUGAACAGUGUGGGAAGACUUUCACCCAAAUAAGUAACCUUCAUGCACACCAACGUAUCCACAAUGGAGAAAGACCAUAUGACUGUGACCAGUGUGGGAAGACUUUCGUCCAAAUGAGUAACCUUAAGAGACACCUACGCAUCCACAGAGGAGAAAGACCAUAUGACUGUGACCAGUGUGGGAAGACUUUCACCAGAAUGAAUGACCUUAAGACACACUUACGCAUCCACAGAGGAGAAAGACCAUAUUAUUGUGACCAGUGUGGGAAGACAUUCACCCAAAUAAGUCACCUUCAGGCACACCAACGCAUCCACAAUGGAGAAAGACCAUAUUACUGUGACCAGUGUGGGAAGACUUUCACCCAGAUUGAUCACCUUAAGACACACCUACACAUCCACAGAGGAGAAAGACCAUAUUGUUGUGGCCAGUGUGGGAAGACUUUCACCAGAAUGAAUCGCCUUAAGAGACAUCUAUGCAUCCACAGAGGAGAAAGACCAUAUGACCGUGACCAGUGUGGGAAGACAUUUACCCAGCUGUCUGCCCUUCAGACACACCAACGCGUCCAUAGUGGAGAAAGACAAUAAAACUGUUACCAGUGUGGGAAGUCUUUCAGAGUCUUGUCUGCACUAUUUUCUCACCUUCAUGUUCACCACAAGAAGUUGAUGUACCCAUGUGAUAUGCACAUUGAUACUCUGGUCAUCCAACUUUGUGUCACCAACGGACCCAUACUGGAGAGAAACCUUACCAGUGCAGAUUUUAUGACAGAUCUUUUAUCACAGGUUCACAAUGUACCAAACAUGAAUGUGUCAAAAAUUUC